UAUUGCUGGAGGAGGGUCAUAAUGAACCGGUAUGGCCUGUGCUCGCCGCUGAGGCCGCUCUUGCUCGCGCUGGUGUUGUUGACCGGAGUCACCCUGUGCGAAGAUCAGCCGACGAACAGCCAUUCGGUCGACUCGGAUAUCGCCGGAGUGCGGACUUUCUUCGAUGAUAUUUUCGACAGCUCCGAAGGAAAGGCGCUACGAGAAGGAAGGACGUUCGGCCAUAAAAGGAUCCAGUUCAUGAUGAUGCCCAUGAUAUAUAAAAUGGGCGUGAUGAUGACGAUGCUCGCGGUUCUAACAGUCAUUUCCUUAAAGGGCCUGUUAAUCGGUCUGAUCCUGCUCAUACUGAAGCUGAGCACCAUCUUCGGCAAGAUCUACUCUUGGCACAGUCAGAGCUACGGCCAUCAUUCACACGCCGCCUGGACACCACCGCAGCCGGUCCACGUGCACGUGCACAACAACGGCGGUUACGACACUCACGGACACGGACAGGCACAGGCCUACAGUGGUUGGGAGCCUGCCGUGGCCGGGCCGCCACCCAGCGACGAAAGCUACUAUUACAAAGGAUGAUUACCGGAUCUGCGAAAGCGAAAAGCACCCGCGUGAUAGGGAAUCAAGGAGCAGCUAUUCAGGGAUUCUUAUAAGAUUGUAGAGAUAUAAAUGCGCCACUUUAAUCUUCGAUGGUAUCGUCGACUGUUUUAUUGUUAAAAUGCGCCGAUUCGCCUUAGUCUUUUGUUUCUUAUUUAUUGUACAAGGCUUGCGAGUGCCUUUGUUUAAUUUUUAUCGUUCAAGGCUGAGUGCACCGUGCACGAUAUGAUCGAUGAUCGAUGGAGAACUAAUUAGCGCCAAUGAUGAUCUGUGAUCGAUUAUGGCUUACAUCCAAGUUCUUGUUGACUCAUUCGUCGGGGAACACGUAACGCAAUGUAGAACGCAAUGUGUAACGAAUUGUUAUUUUGGCGAAUUACAAGAUUUGAAAGCUGAAGCUUAAAAUCGAGUCGAUGCUAUUGAUUUUCUGAAAAACCGUUACGAUGCCUGUACUCUAUGAAGCAAAAGUGAAUUGUAUCAGAUGGCCGAUUGAAAUAAUCUGUGAUGGCAUAACGGUUUAAAAGACCCUUUAAAAUCGAUUUGUAAGCGAGAAAAAAAUUGGUUAUACCAUCUAGUUUUUUUUAUAGAUAUAUAUUGAGAACAUGCAACGAUACAGUAACUGGUCGACUCUUACACUUUGCAAUUACGAAUUUAAAAUAGGUCAAAUUAUUCGUUUUAUUUCCUAAAAGUGAGAACGCCGCAGAGAUGUCGUCAAGAUGUGUCGCGCAUAUUAAGAUUCAAUUAUAGGAAAAACGAAAAGCAAAACGACAAUUUAGUUACAAGUAGGUACCGACAAAAGUGAAAUAAGAUAAGAUCUUGGAGUGCAGUCAUACUACGCCAUAUCAGUUAAAAAAAGUUGUACAUUCCUUCACAUGAGAGCGCGAUGAACUCGACCGGAUUCCGUAUGAGUAGCAAAAAAGUUAAGAGCUCGUAUACACCGAUAGCUGAUUGACUUUUUACAUGAUGGACAAUUUUAUAUAUGCUAUAGAACAAUAAUUUGUUUUGUAAAUCUACCGUGCAAGACUAGCGACCAUGCCAUGGUUGUGUGCUUUGCACACAAGAGAGUUGUGUAUGCAUCCGAUGCUUUGCAAUUCCGAGUGUCUAGCGCGAACAUUGAAAAAAGAAUGUAUACAGUUAGUUCAGCUAAAGAUGCAUCGUAUAUCAUCAUUAUUUUGUUUUUAAUAAUGCAGUAUUACAGAUAGUAGUUUUUGCUAUUACCAAAAGAGAUUUUUACACUACAAUUAUAGCGUCGUACAAUCAUCUUCAUAAAUGUAAUAACACGCAAAAUGGUCACGCAAUUAAAAUAGACCAUAAAUAUGCAAUUUUUUUGUCGUGUUAUUCCAGAAGUUGU